AAAUCGUAGUUCGUUUACUGUCAAGAGGAGCCAAUUACAUGAGCGGCCCAAUUUACAUAGGAAGAAAGAGGCUAUUGAUUUCCUUGUUCCCUUAUCAAUCAUGAUCAUCUCGAGGUUGGACGUACCAUAAUCUGCCUUGAAAUCAUGAACUCUACAAGAAAUAUAUCGGACCCAAAGGAAACUCUUGACAGAUUGACGUUGAAUUCUGUUACUGGGGUAUUGUUUAUGAUUUUUUACGUUACAGUAUUUCUGCUCUCGCUUGUUGGAAACUCUUUGGUGUUACUAGUUUGCUACAAAAGCCUUCGCGGUCGUCGAGGAUUCGAAUCAGUCAAGGGCCCAUUCUUUAAUCAGUACAUCGCAAAUCUUGCAGUAUCCGAUCUCCUAUUCACAAUACUCACGCUGUUUGAUGCGAUGUACACGAUAAAUGGUGAGUGGAUGACGGGAAUCAUCACUUGUAAGACUCAGGGAUUCCUUCUGGAGACCUGCUACACUGCAUCGAUCCUUACCCUUAUUGCAAUAAGUCGCGAGCGCGUCACUGCUAUCGCCUCGCUGGAAAUGAGCUCCCGUGUGCAGAGGGGAAAAGAACGCCGAGUAAACAUCACCAUAGUUUGGUUGCUAGCUAUCGUGAUUUGUUCGCCUUUGUUGUUCGCGUACACACUGUAUGAUGACAACAACGGGUUUAUUAAAUGUCGCAACAUGAACUGGGGUGACACCGGGCGUCGUGUGUACUACAGUUUAACGGCAGUCCUUCUAUUUCUUUUCCCGCUUUUUCUCAUGGCGUGGUCGCACGUCAAGAUCAAUCGCGUACUCAAGUCCCAAGUUGCGCCUUCAGAACACAUGCUCAAAGCCAUCCGUACUCGUCAGAAAAAGGCUAGCAGAAUCCUGUUGAUGGUGAUCAUGGUGUUUUUUCUCUUCUGGUCACCGUUUAUCGUGAUGCGGACGCUGCGAUAUUUUCGUUGGUACAACGCCAUAGGGCCGUGGAAGUUUGUCCAACUUGUUGUUAUAGCGUCAUCUGCUACAAACCCUUUUGUGUACUGCUUCUACAGCGUUCAGUUCCGCAGACUGUUUAAGACUUUUGUCACUUGUAGAUGUACUGGCCUGACGAGGAAUGAUACAAACACAACAAGUGAGCCGUCAUUGACGAAUGCAGCACUUUGAAGAUAUUGUCAGAUAACACUCUUUUAAACGCCAAGGACAGUAAAAGAAAACCUUUGAAGCCAGCAAAAUUAUUUUUCCAAGAGAUAGUCGAUCGGGGGCUUCAUUAUGAGACUUCAUUAUGAAGUGGAAAAUUCUGGAUUCGUUAAUUGAAAAUUGAAAUAUUGGAAAUGGAAUCAAAACGGCAUAGUUUAUUGACAAACCGUAGCAAAAAAAACUCUAAUCUUACACGCGCUGCUGUUCUUUCGGUUAUAUUAUUUUUCUAACACUAAAAAACAUCAUUUCACAAAUAGAUUGACUGACUAUUGUUACUCUUUUUUCUAAUCCAAGCCAAUUUAGAAUGCUGUUUUACAGGAAGUCCGCGCUAUAUAUUGGGUAACUAUGAUACUAGGUAAUGAUCAGUAUCCGAGUCGGGGGAGGGGGAGGGGGGGUAUUCCAUAAGUUAUGUUAGUAUACUUUCUGUGUUUGUGCUUUAUCAUAAGUAUUUCACAUGUCGGUGCCAUUGACGUCGGCAGGCGAGACAAAUAUUAGCUUCUCCACGCGAAUAUAAAUAAACAUUGUGAAAAUACUUGAUAUGCUUAUUAUAACUAGUAGACCCCUGAAUAUACACCCAGCUUUAUGCCAACUCCUCAUUUUUAAAUUGUAGCGUAUUAGCAAAAACGGCGUUAUCCGAAUUCAAAACGAAGUUUUAUAAUGCAACGUGCGGGUCCUAAAAUAACUCUGUACCUAAAGUAACCCGUUGCUUGGCAACCAAAGUACAUUUUGCGAGCCAAAGUACGAUCUGGUAUGUUUAUAUUUUUGUUGUUUGUCUUUCAGCUUAUCAAUUGGCUCUAGGUUCGCACAUUUCGUGAGAUGUGUUGUGAGUUAUGAAGUGUAAUAAAAAUCUCCAAGUGCAAUCUUCGUGUUGUUGACCCUCGUUUACACCUUAUGUAAAGUCAACUGAUUGUAUUAAAUCUAAAUCAGUUUUGCGUCUUCAA